GGUCAUUUAUCGUUUUGGAGGUGGAGUCAAGUGGGAGAAGAAGAAACGAGAAGACCUUUUUUUCGUUUCUAACCCUUUUUCUUAUUUCUUAUUUCUUCAACUACUGGUGUUUAUGUAGGAAGAGGAAAAGAUAAGGAACUGUGUAUAGAGAAGGAGGAGAACAGCGACCUUCUAUCUUGUGUCUAUCUGCUGUCUGCCUCCGUUCCAUUUCUUUAACCCUCCUUCUCUUUCAGGAGGGAAGGGUGGGGAAGACAGAGAGCUGAAGAAAGAGAGAGGAGGGAGACAGAGAUGGAAGAGCUGUGGGAGAAGCUUUCAGUCGCAGAGGAAGACACGGAUGCCUUUUGUGUCUGAAGCCCUCAUCUCCACUCUCCACCCAACGACAAACUGCGGGUAACGAAUCUCUGCCUCUACAAGAAGGAUGGAUGGCAAAGCCUCUGUCGUGAGGUGAAUCGAGCUUCCACCAUGAAGAAGAAAGAGACACCGGCAUGGGGAUAACGACGCAGCCGUCUCAGCCCGCCUGUGCCUUCCUCUGCCUGCCGAAGUCCGCCUCGAGUGCCCACCCCGGGCAUAUUUCUCCUCCCACGUCUAUGUCCCAAGGGUUCCACCACAGCAUCUUCAGCUUCUCCGAUGGGUUCGACCGGCCGACGAGCCAACAGCAGCAGCACCACGUCGCCCAGCAAAGCCGGAGGGAUAAGCUGAGGGUGCAGGGGUUCGACGCGGCAGGCAACCCGCUCGUUCCCAUCGAUGGGGCCGGCGAGGAGGCCGGCAUCUACGAGCCGCCUGCCGUCGGAGCCAGCAACAUGCUGUCGGACAUGUUCGGUUUCGGGGCGGCCGGACCUUCGGCCACCGAGCUUCUCGCUAGCCAGAUAUCCGGCGGCUACCGCCUCCCGCAGAGUGCAGCAGCCAUGGGCGGCUUCUCCGGCGAGUGGUACGGAGCCCGUCAUGGAGGAUUCUUUGGAGCUUCUGGGAGUUUGAGCUCAAUUGGCGAGUCGACGUCGAAGCAUCACCGGGACGACGCCCAACAACACCCGAUGAUGGGCUUGAACGACGACUCAGCUGCUGCGAUGCAGCUCUUUCUAACGAAUCCGCCACAACCGACGCCACCACCUCCGGAGCUGCGUCCUCCGAGGUCUCCAUCAUCACCUUCACAAGCUCCUCCUCCCACACUCCCCGACCACCAUCGUCAAGCCUUCCGAUCAUUUGGAGAGGCGUCGUUCGGUGGGGGAGUGGUGGAAGGACGAGGUCUAUCUUUGUCGCUGUCCUCAUCUCUGCAGCAAUUCGAUAUGGCCAAAGCCGAUGAGCUACGAGUGAGGGAAGGGGUGUUGUACUUCAACCAGCAGCAGCCGAAGCUGCAUCCAGCAUUACACUCGCAAGGUCACGGUCACGACGGGCAGGUCCACAUGGGCUACGGCGCCAUCGACGCGAUCAGCGUGCUGAGGAACUCCAAGUACGCGAGGGCGGCGCAGGAGCUCCUGGAGGAGUUCUGCAGCGUGGGGCGGGGACAACUGACGGGGACCAAGCUCGGCCGGAAACGAGGCGGCUCCUCCAACCCCAACGCAAAUCCUAGCGGCGGCGGUGGUUCCAGUUCAGCUGCUGCUGCAUGUUCUUCAUCUCCCAAAUUGGACACCACUCCCUUGUCUUCCGCUGAUAAGUUUGAGUACCAGAGGAGGAAGGCCAAGCUUAUCUCCAUGCUUGACGAGGUGGACAGAAGAUACACUCAUUACUGCGACCAGAUGCAGGUGGUGGUGAACUCCUUUGAUUCCGUCGUGGGCUUCGGAGCUGCGGCGCCGUACACAGCUCUGGCUCAGAAGGCCAUGUCACGCCACUUCCGGUGCCUCAAGGACGCGAUUGCCGCGCAGCUGAAGCAGACAUGCGAAACCCUCGGAGAGAAGGAAGUCGCGAGCAACCCCGGCAUCACCAAGGGAGAGACGCCGAGGCUCCGGCUGCUCGACCAGAGCCUGCGGCAGCAGCGCGCGUUCCACCAGAUAGGGAUGAUGGAUCAGGAAGCAUGGAGGCCACAACGCGGCUUACCGGAGCGCUCCGUGAACAUUUUGAGAGCUUGGCUCUUCGAGCACUUCCUUCACCCGUACCCAAGUGAUGCAGACAAGCUCUUGUUGUCACGGCAGACAGGUUUAUCCAGGAACCAGGUCUCCAACUGGUUUAUCAACGCCAGGGUCAGGCUGUGGAAGCCCAUGGUGGAGGAGAUGUACCAGCAGGAGUUCGAAGGGGAGGCAGGACAAAGCGUGAAGGGCGAAGCUAGCCAUGCACAGUCUUCACAACCGCCACAACAGGAAGGCGGCACCUCCGCAAGUUCAUCUUCGCACCGCCACUUCGGCACCACACCGGGGAUUCCGCCACCGGACGCAGCGGUCAGGCCCCACGGCCAGUCAAGUGGCGGCGGCGGCGGCGAGGGCAUCCUCAUCCAGCCGGUGAGGCUCGGCGCCACCGGCGACGUGUCGCUCACUCUAGGCCUACAGCACGCCGGCGGCAACGCAUCAGAGAAGACCCGGUUCUCGGCCGGCGACCUCGGUGGCUAACAAGGCUAGCUUCAGAAGACAGUCAUCAAGAACAAAUCAUGGAAGUAGUAAGCGUCAGAAACCAACAACAAACAAAAGGCUCAUCAUCUCUAACCAGCGUAGCUUUCUUUAUUUCUUCACCUUAUAAUCAUGGGGAAACAGCACAGCAAAGACAUAGAAAUGUACGAUUAUAGAUUGGUUUUACAGGGAACUAACACAGAGACAUAAUGGUGCGGGGAAGCAUUGAUUGAUCACAGAGUGCAAUUCCUUUGCAUCUUUCACUUCUUUUUAGUUUCCUUAUGCAAGUAUUUAUUCUCUUCUGAUCA